AUGCUCCACUUUGAGCAUAGUAAUGCCACCUCCACCGCGAACAUACUCAGUGGUAGUUCGGUCACAGCGACUACGUCACGCGCAGUGGAUCUAUCGUCGCACUCGUCGCACACGCAGCCCGCUGUUGGCGGCGGCGGCGGCGGCCGACCGGCUCCUUGCACGGACCGCGCCCCGCACUCACCCCCGCCGACACCCGUCGUAUCCCGCGCAUCGGAAGACGUAGCAUUAUGCACGUUAUCAGACAAUGUUAAUAAAAAUAUGCCUCGCGUACCUACUACAGUAUUGUUAGCCACCGCUCGUGUUUUAAUGAUCGAUAGAGACGGUAACGAACAUUAUAUUAGAGCAUUAUUGGACAGUGCUUCUCAAAAUAAAAUAACCGAACGUUUACCGACUGUUAGUGUCGAUAUUUCAUUAUUUUCAAAUUUUAAAAAUUUGCCUUUAGCCGAUGAUAGUUACGCUACUCCUGGGAACAUUGACAUGUUAAUCGGUGCCUCAAUUUUCCCGCAUUUAAUAUUGUCCCGUAAGGUUAAAGGUCAACCCGCAUACGUCUCGCCGUAUGCUAUUGAGACCGUAUUAGGCUUUGUUAUUGUAGGUUCAGCUCCCGCUAGAUCAAAUACCGAUACUUCCGUGUCUAAUAUGUUAGAUAAUUGUAAUUACACUACCACCGCGCAUUGUUGUGUUACCGAACCCACGAUGGAAUCCGUUCUAUGUAGAUUCUGGGAAAUGGAAGAGGUGAAUGUUGCACCGAUUCUCAGCCCGGACGACAAGGAGUGUGAAGCUAUUUAUGCUGGCACUACCACUCGCGAGGACGACGGUCGUUAUACCGUCGCGCUUCCCUUCAAGGGUAAUGCACAUUCUCUUGGCGACUCGCGUCGAUUAGCCGAGAAAUGUUUCUUUUGUCUCGAACGCAAAAUGCAGGCUUCGCCUGAACUCAAGCAAGCCUAUGAUGACGUCAUUACGGAGUAUUUAGAUAAGAGUUAUAUUUCACCCGCACCCGUUAAUGAUGAUAGUAAUGCUCCUUCGUAUAUAAUACCGCACCAUGGAGUUAUUCGAAAGGAUAAACUCACGUCUAAAUUGCGCGUCGUACUCAAUGCUAGCGCUAAAACUAGCACGUCCGUAUCUCUCAACGAUCUUCUUUAUAAUGGACAGAAUUUACAACGCAAUUUAUUUGAUAUUAUAGUUAACUUCAGAUUAUUUUCAGUAGCUCUCUCUGCCGAUAUUAGGCAAAUGUUUCUUUGCAUUCGUAUUAGAGAGAGUGACCGCAGAUUUCAACGCAUAUUGUAUAGAUUUUCGCCUGACGAACCUCUCCAGGUUUAUCAGUUUAAUCGCGUUUGUUUUGGACUCAAAUCGAGUCCGUUUCUUGCACUGCGUACUAUUAAGCAGUUAGCCACCGACGAAGGCGAAUCGUUCCCAAAAGCUAAGGAAGCGGUUCACACCGGUCUGUACAUGGAUGAUUUAGUAUAUUGUCUAGAUAGUGAAGAUGAGGCUAUCGUCACAGCUGCUGAGAUCAUCUCACUCAUGAAGGCCGGACAAUUUGAUCUUGUCAAAUGGACGAGCAAUUCGCAACGCCAUGUUGACAUCACAAAACGCAGUGUGGUGAACAUCAUUGGCUUCGCAGACGCUAGUGAAAAGGCUUAUGGUGCUGUUGUGUACUUCCACGUCGAGAAUGAUGGUGUGAGUACUGUGCAUCUUAUAAGUGCAAAAUCUAAGGUUGCACCCCGCAAGGUCGUGUCGUUGGCCCGACUCGAACUUUGCGCAGCGCUUUUGCUCGCUAAUUUAAUUAAUAAUAUUGUUACCGCUGUUAACAACCGCUAUCCAAUUAAGGCAAUACACGCAUUUUCUGAUUCAACAGUUGCUUUAUGUUGGAUCCACGCAUCGCCCCACAGGUGGGAUACUUUUGUCGCGAAUAGAGUUUCUAAAAUUCAAUCUCUGCUUUCACCGCACAAUUUUUAUCACGUGUCUGGUUCGGACAAUCCAGCCGACUGUCUAUCGCGAGGGCUUACUCCUGCCCAAAUAAUUCACCACCCCCUAUGGUUCAACGGCCCGCAGUGGGCUAAAUCCACCUUUUCGGAAUGGCCAGUCACCACUUUCAAUCCUUCUGCUGUUAUGGACCCGCCUGAGGAGAAGAAACUCUCCUUUGUUACUCGUACACCGCCAGAAGAAUCGGUUUUCAUCGCUCUGGCAAAUCGCUUUUCUUCUUGGUCCAAGCUUCUUCGCUGCGUAGUUUAUGUCUGUCGUUUCGCAAAAUUAUUAACCCCGCUAAAAUUCAUAACCGCAGCAGAUUUAGAUUACGCAGAACUUGUAAUCCUUCGAGAAUUACAGGCUUUGUAUUUUCAUGGGGAAAUUAACAAUUUACAAAAUGGAAAAUUUUGUUCCCGAUCACUUCAGCGACUCAAACCCUUCAUUCUAGAAGGUAUAAUUAGAGUCGGUGGUCGUUUGAGAAAUUCGAACUUGAAUUUUGAUCAGAAACACCCUAUCGUUCUUCCCCGGAAACAUCAUAUAUUGGAUUUAUUAGUAGACUAUCACCAUAAAGUUAAUUGUCAUGCUGGUCCUGAUUUACUGAUGUCUAUUUUAAGGCAGAAAUAUUGGAUUUUAUCUGCCCGCAACUUGAUUCGCCACAGAGUGCACAAAUGUGUACCUUGUUUUAAACUUCGUCCGAAAUCGACAUUUCCAGAAAUGUCAGAUCACAAACCCUGUCGUGUUCUUGAAACAUUAAAACCAUUCAUGCACACAGGUACCGAUUAUGCUGGUCCUUUCAAAAUAACUAUAACACGUGGUCGUGGCAUACGGUCUACUAAAGCUUAUAUUUGUUUAUUCGUUUGUUUAACAACCCGCGCCGUCCAUAUAGAAUUGGCAGGAGAUUUAAGUACAGCAAGUUUCAUGUCAGCUCUUAAACGGUUUUUAUCUCGUCGUGGUCCUGUAGCUCAUAUCUACUCCGAUAAUGGCACUAAUUAUAUUGGAGCAAAACGCACGCUUUCGGAACUUCACGCAUUUUUGAGCUCUAAACAUUUUAACACCGAAUUUGCGCACGUCUUGUCAGAAAACCGCCUGACUUGGUUUCUCAACACUCCCGCUGCUAGUCACUUCGGAGGUAACUGGGAGACUAAUAUAAAAAGUUUGAAAACGCAUUUGUUCAGGGUCGUUGGGGUUCAAGUUUUAUCAUUUGAGGAAAUGAUUACGGUACUCACGCAAGUAGAGGCAAUCAUGAAUACUCGACCAUUAUGUCGGACUUUAUCUAAUGAUCCGUCAGAGCCGCUUGCACUAACACCCGCACAUUUUUUAAAUUUUACUCCGUUGAAAUAUUUGCCCGCCGCAGAAAUAGCUGACAGUUCUUUGAUUUCACGCCACGCAUUAUUAGACAGAUUAGUGCAAACGUUCUGGAAGCGAUGGAGAGCGGAGUACCUGCACACAUUACAAUCUCGCGAAAAAUGGAAUACGCCCGUCAAUCAGAUGACUGUCGGAACUGUUGUAAUUGUACGUACUGAAAACGCGCCACCACUUCAUUGGCCUUUAGGGGUUAUUGAAGAGGUCUUUCCGGCUUCUGACGGCGUAAUUCGGGUUGUUCGUGUAAAAACUGCAACCGGCUCCUAUUUGCGCCCGGUUGUACGUCUGUGCCCCUUACCUAGACAUUAG